CACGACGACGACGGCCUCGCCGUGCCCGGAUGCUGGAUUCAAUGAGGACGAUCCAGACUAUUGCAACACGCCGAUCGGCACUUGGACAGUGGAGAAGAAAGCCUUUUGCUGCCAGCACUUCCACCGUGGCUGUCCCGGGGUCACCUACGGCUGUGAUGUCGACUCCCACAUUUGGCAGUAUGCCUGGUCCUUGACGAAGAAGGCCUGGUGCUGUGUGCAUCAUCAUGUCGGAUGCUACCCUCACUACGAUUGCGACACUGCCGUGACUUCGUGGUCACCCGAGAAGAAGGUCUGGUGCUGUCACCAUGAGAAGAAGGGGUGCGAGCUCUACGACUGCUACGGGCCUCCGCACCUGUGGUCCGAGCCGCACAAGGACUGGUGUUGCAGGAACCAUGGUCAGGGCUGCUCGGAAGAAGAGCCGUUCCACUGCCAUGGUGGUGCUGGCCAAAACAUCUAUUGGCCCGGCUCUCGAUCGUCGGGCGAGC